UUUUAUUUAAAAUUAAGGAAAUUGUUUACAUAAAAUACUGCCGCACGUUUUCCUAAUUAACUUCCCUAGUUAUGAUCUCACGUGGCAAUAGUGUUUCUACUCAAGUAUACUCUUCUGGCAGCGUGGUAUCGCUCGAAAUUAUGAUGGCUUUGAAUGGGUUACCUGCUGAUUUGUUGAAUGAUUAUAUGAUGAAUGAUGUUGAACCUAUAUGGUUUGAAGCCAAUAGGUUUCAAGAAGUUGAGAGAGAUUACCAAGAGUUAAUUGCUCAGCAGAAUCGGCAACGGUUAACUCAGGCAAAUCCUGAUGUCUUACAGUACUCACUGGCUAGUGAAAUAGCACAUGCUCGUCAGAAAAUUCAAAAUUUUCUAAAAUCUACUGAUGUUGGAAGUUUGGAAGAUCAGAGCUCGACACUUUUGAAAAGAGUAGAGAAGUUAGAAGAAGAAUCAGAAAAAUUCAGGAAACAAUUAGGAAGCCUUUUUUCACAACUGACUUCACAUUUAAACAAGUUCGAAGAACUUGAAAAUGCUUUAAACGUCUUAAAAGAUCCAGAAUCCAGCAACUCUAGCCAGAAAGUAAAAGCCAGUGCAGAAAGGAAUGUUCAUAAUGGGCCUGCAAAAGAUGAUGAUGAUGAUGAUGAUGAUAUAGAUCUCUUUGGAUCUGGUGAUGAAUCUGAAGAAGAAAAUUGGGUUAAUGAGGAGAGAUUGAAAGCAUAUGAGAAUAAAAAAGCAAAAAAGCCAGCCAUUGUUGCCAAAUCAAGUGUUGUAUUAGAUGUUAAACCAUGGGAUGAUGAAACAGAUAUGGAAGAAAUGGAGAAAGCUGUCCGUAAGAUUGAAACAGAAGGUUUGAAAUGGGGUGCAAGUAAACUUGUACCCUUGGCGUAUGGAAUUAAAAAACUGCAAAUAAUUGCAAUAGUAGAAGAUGAUAAAGUUAGUGUUGACUGGCUUCAAGAAACUAUUCAAGAUAUUGAGGAUUUGGUUCAAAGUGUGGAUAUAGCUGCCUUUAAUAAACUGUGAUUAAAAAACUAUGUAGAAGUAUUUGAAAUAAAGUAAAAUAAUUUUUCAUAUGCA